CUUAAGUGUACUGCUGUGCCUCUGUUACCAAACAGAGGGAGUGAGGUGCUGUAGGUUAGUGUGUUUGAAGAAGCAGACACCUGCCGGACAGACAGACUCCACGUUGCCUUCACGGUCCGCAGGAUGAGCAGCGUCCGGACCAUCAUCAGCUCCUCCGCGAUGGUCGCCUGUAUGGCGCUCGGCUACGGCAUGUGGACGAUGAUUUCACCGGGAGAGGAACGACGGAAAGAGCUGAUCAAGAAUCUGCCUGAGGCCAACCCGAUGAGGAUGGAGGAGACGAGGAAGAGGAAUGCUCUGGUGAUGCAGGCUCUGAAGGAGGCGGCUGAAACUGACGACAACAUAGCCAGAGGACUCCGAUCGAAAUAGAUGGACUCGGACCGGGGACCUGUCUGUCUGCAUGGAGUGACAGCUGCUGGGCUAAAACGUGUUGAAAUAAACAUGGACAUUAUAUUGUUCUAUUCUGUAAGCUGUAAUCGCUUUAAUGUAUGGGACAACAAUUUACUGCAGAAUGUUUUAAGCUGUUUAUUAAAACUCAAUGAAAAC